AUGAAGACCACUAAACUCGAGACCGCAAAUGUAGCUUCAAAUUCAGCAGGAUCAAAAGGAGCCAAAAUCCGAAGACAUCAGCUCAAGAAAUUGGACUCCUUUAAGAGAAGUAGCAUCGCCAUGAAGAUAUCACACGCCAGCAUAAUCAAACUUUCCUCCAAAAACGACAAAGAACUUCUUGAAGUACGAAAAAAUAUCAAGAAAUACAAUCGGAAGAUUGCAGGCCUAGUUGGACAGGAACAAAAGCUUGAGAAGUUUGGAGAAAAGUGCUUGUGGGCCAAGAUGAAGUGGGCAGAGAACAAUAAAGAAGUUUGGCAGAAGCAUAGGGAAGGGAAGGAGUUGGUGAUUGAUACGAGUGAUCAAGAUACGACGGAUUCUUCCCCAUUGACCACACCGUAUUCUUCCCCGGACGUCUCCUCUCCUUCAAAUGCCAAUUAA